AUGGCAGCAGAUUAUAUUAAAUCAGUGUCAAACGUAUUACCAGAUAUUGGAAUUAUAUGUGGUAGUGGUCUCAGUAAAUUAGUCGAAGAGAUAGAAGAACGUAAGACAAUCCCUUACAUAAAUAUACCAAACUUCCCAAGAACAACCAUUGCUGGACAUGUUGGAAACUUAGUGCUUGGAAGUCUUGGUGGUCGCAAAGUAGUUGCAAUGCAAGGGAGAUUUCAUAUGUAUGAAGGAUAUUCAAACGAAGAAAUUGCACUUCCUAUUCGAGCCAUGAAGCUCUUGGGAGUUAAAGUUCUUAUGAUUACCAACUUAGCUGGUGGGAUUAAUAGAGAGCUUAAAAGUGGAGAUUUUGUAAUAAUAAAGGGUCAUAUAAAUUUUCCUGGACUUGGGUUAAAUAAUGUGUUGGUUGGACCCAAUCAAGAUGAAUUCGGACCUCGAUUUCCCGACCUAUCUAAUGCUUAUGAUCGUCCUUUGCGACAAUUGGCUUUAAAAAUAGCACAGGAAUACGGUUUUCAGGAUUUGGUUCGCGAGGGUGUUUAUGCUUUUAAUGGUGGUCCUACAUAUGAAACUCCCGAUGAGUCCAAUAUGCUACUCAAGUUGGACUGUGAUGUUGUUGGUAAUUUCAUUAAAUUUUUAUCCACCAUAAGUUGGACAAAAUAAUUUGAAAUGGGGAUUUCGCUAUCAAUUGGACAGACUUUAUAUAUAUUUCGAUAGUAGAUUUAUAAAUACAUACCUAUCAAUUUUCAUUUUACCAAACGUUUAUCCUACUUUAAAUUACAGGUACACUUUAAUUGGGAGUCACAAAUGCUUUUCAUUUUUAAAAGCAUAUAACCUACUGAGCCAAAAUCAUUGGUUACGAAACUGUUGUGUGGUUGAAUUACAUGUCGACACCCUGAUUCGUUAUAUCUUACGCUUUGAACUUCAGAGUUGUAAAAUUUCGCUUUCUACUAACAGAUAUGGUUUACAGUACAACUCAUGAAGCUAUGAUACUUUACCCAAUCACAUUGUUGUAUUAUUAGAGCUCCAAUUUGAUUACUUUUACUGCAUGUACAGUAGUUUCUAGUUUAACAUUCGAUUGCUUGAUGCUGUGGUGAAUGAAGAUAUUUGUUUUUUAAUGUCAAAUAACUUUUGCUCACUUGUCUCAAUAUAAAUAUGGCAGUCGAUUUCCACUAACCCAGUAAUAUCCAAAAAUUAGUAACAAAAAUAUUACUUACAUUCACUUAUUAACUGAAUUACUAUCUCUACAUUGUGCACAUAAAGUCUCCCUUACGUAUAAGUGUUCUGGUGAAUAAACGAACCUAUUCAGACAUAUAUUAUAAGAUUGCGGAAACAUGCAACUCAGCGAUUAUUAAACUUGUUAGCUAAACCGGUUUGAUAUACUAAUUUUGCUAACCACAUACCUGAAUUAAGUUAGUGGUUAAUUGAUGUAGACUACUGCCCAGUUCACUGCAUUUAAAU